AUGCCGCUCGCAUAUUCGUUUCCCGGAGUCGCCGUCAUCACCGGAGCUGGCGGCACAGGAAUCGGCGCAGCUACAGCUCGAGCAUUCGCCGAAGCAGGAUGUCCAAAAAUCGCAAUCACAGAUCACAACCCAGCAACUCUCGAAGAGACCCGAGAAUUUAUCUGCACCAGAUACCCCAACACCGAAGUCGUGGCCGAAGCAGGGAAUAUUGCACAUGAACCAUUCGUCGAAGACUUCAUGGCCCUUGUAAUCCAAAAAUUCGGACGCAUUGACUACGCAGUCAACUGCGCAGGGGUUCUAGGGGACGCACAACGGUCGACAGACACACCAAUACAAGCCUUCGAUCACAUCAAUCUCGUCAACUAUCGAGGAACGUUCCUCUGUUCGCGAGCAGAGCUGAGAUGCAUGCUCCGACAAGCUCCCCUUCCAAGUCACGACCCCGAUCGUGCACCGCAACGAGGAUCGGUGGUCAACGUUGCCAGUCAAUUAGGAAUUGUUGGACGGCCUAGCGCUUCCGCAUACUGUGCUUCCAAAGCUGCUAUAAUAGCCAUGACUCGGUCGGAUGCAAUCGAUUAUUCGAAGGACAAUAUCCGCGUCAACUGCGUCUGUCCUGGCGUUAUCGAGACGCCCAUGACCACGCACAGCGAAGAGGUUCGAGAGCGACUGAAGCCGGCCAUCGAUAUUGCUCCGAUGAAGAGAAUGGGGAAGCCGACGGAGGUUGCUGAUACGAUCUUGUUCCUGUGCUCGACGUACUCAUCCUUUGUGCAGGGGCAUGCGCUUGUUGUGGAUGGAGGAUAUGUCAUUAAUUAG